CAUUGCGUCAUGGUCCCGCCUUCAAUUCCGACUGCUGCGUGGGUUCCCGGAUGGAGUAGCGUCGCCAUUUUUACGCCAGUGCUACCGGUGUGUCUUCUGUUUAGCGGAGCGGCGGUGCUGUUGCUGAUCCACCUCCAGGAAUCACCGAGCAGUCGAUAAUCCUCCUUUUCCACUGGGAGGCCAAGAGCAGCCCCAACACCCGAGCACCAUGGCGGAUACAGGGGAUUUAGUAUACCAGGCAAAACUCGCCGAACAAGCGGAGAGAUAUGACGAAAUGGUAGAGUCAAUGAAGAACGUGGCCAGUAUGGACGUGGAGCUGACAGUGGAGGAAAGGAACUUGCUGUCGGUAGCAUACAAGAACGUGAUCGGAGCCAGAAGAGCUUCCUGGAGGAUAAUCAGUAGCCUGGAACAGAAAGAAGAAAACAAAGGCGGAGAAGACAAACUAAAGAUGAUCCGGGAAUACAGGAAAACGGUUGAGAAAGAGCUGAAAUCAAUCUGCAACGACAUUCUGGAUGUACUGGACAAACACCUAAUUUUAGCUGCAACCACGGGAGAAUCUAAGGUUUUCUACUACAAAAUGAAGGGAGAUUACCACAGGUACCUGGCAGAGUUUGCCACAGGCAACGACAGGAAGGAGGCGGCAGAGAACAGUUUGGUUGCAUACAAAGCUGCUAGUGACAUCGCCAUGAUCGAACUCCCCCCAACGCACCCCAUUCGCCUGGGAUUGGCCCUUAACUUUUCAGUUUUCUAUUAUGAAAUCCUCAACUCGCCAGACCGAGCUUGCAAGUUGGCGAAGGAAGCGUUUGACAAUGCCAUUGCAGAACUGGAUACGCUGAGUGAGGACUGCUAUAAGGACUCAACACUUAUCAUGCAGUUGCUACGUGACAACUUGACACUAUGGACCUCAGACGUGCAGGGAGAUGAUUAAGGACAGCCCUCUUCCAUCACUCUUCAAUUAUAGAAGUGUAUUUUGUGAAGAACCGAACACAGGAGCAGUGCCAGAUGCACCGGUGGGGGAAGAGACCCAGUGAGACUGAACAACACAAGACAAGACAAGCCCUCCUCCUCCUCCUGUCCCCAGCACUAGCUCCUGUCCCCAGCCACAGUUUUUUAACUGGGUUUAUACUGCAGCCCACACUCUAUUUCUACCUUUCCCUCUAUUUCUACCCAUCUGUACCCACCCUUUCUCCUCAUAUGCAUGUCAUGCCCCAAUCCCCUCAGGGCCCGCUCAGGUCUCCAUUUCCACCUCCCAGGAGUUUUACCAUAUUUUUGAUGACUCAUUUUGCAAGCCUGUGCCCUUUAAGGUUCAAGUCCUCCUUUUACCGUUUUAUUUUGCUUGACUUGCUUUACUUUACUGUAUCGUCUGUUGCCAAGUACACCUGCCUGUAUUUGUAACACACAUGUACAAGAGUUUAUUUAAACCCAAUACUUUGCUGUUCAUCUUUUUUUCUGUUUGUGUGUUUAUGAACAUUAUAUUGUCCAUGCUUCUGUCAGUCAGUUUUGAAAUCUUUCAGUUUGCAAAUUGAGGAAAAUAAGACGGUGAUGGAAGAUUUAAAAGGGGUGUGUUAAAGCUUUUAGGAAGAACUAAGUGCCCUCUUUACUUUGUGGUUACCAAACCCAUCAAUAGGUCUUUUUUUUUUUUUUUUUUAAAUGAAAAAUAGCAGAAUGUCCCCCUUCUCCGAGCAUCACUCUGACUUCUAUUCUUGUCCACUCUCGGACCAAGCAUUGUGCUGCGAGGCUGUAGCGCUUUUGCUAAUGGCAGAUAGUUAGGUAAUGGCUUUUUAGCAGACAAAAUGUGUGUGCGUGGGAGGGGAAUGCUCAACACUCUUGAUUGUAAUGUAAUGCAGUUUUGCAUUGGCACCAUAUUUAAAAAAAAAAAAAAAAAAAAAAGGGUUUGGGAAAUAGAGGCCUGCUGUAUCUUUACUCCCCUGAAUCUUUUUGGUGUCCUCAACUCUCUUUCCGACUCCUCAUUUCCUUCCUUCUGUUCAGUAUGUGUAACGUGAAUCUGAUUUGUACUACUGGAUAUUCUCACCAGAGCCACAAGUACCAUCUGUAUUCUUACUGAAACACAGCAUGGAAUUAACAUUAAACUUCAAACUGAAAAAUGUUAAAUUAA